UAUCUGCGAUUUUUAUAUCUUUACCUAUAAAACAAAGUGCUAGAUAGGAAAUCACUUGUUAGUUUUGUUGCAAUCCAGCAUCAUGAUUCUCAAAUUCGUAGUAGCUUUAGUAUUUUACUUUAUUGCAAGUGCACUGUCAAGUCAACUUGAUUUGACGGAAGGGUCACCCAGAUUAUAUGAAAACUCAUCCUCGAUUAAUCAGCCAGCACCAUGGCAUGUCAGUAUCAGAAUCAACGGCGUUCAUUUCUGCAGUGGAGCAAUUAUCGGCAGGGAUUGGGUGGUCACCUCAGCUCAGUGUAUUGCCAGUUGUACAGGAACCAACCGAUUAAUAACAAUCCAAACUGCAAGCGCAAAUUUCACCAUAAGUGGCAGUAUUCACUCUAUUAUGACAUCCAUCAUUCACGAAUCAUACUCAACAAUUAAUUGCAACUUACCAACAAAUGACAUUGGGUUACUUAGAAUAUCGGAUUAUUUCAAUUUAGAUGGGCCCCAUGCACCAAAAAUAAUAAACUUGAACAGUUCGUUUACUGCGCCGCCCGAUAGAAAACUCAAUAUUUCUAAUUGGAAUCAAGAUUUGGUGGAUGGUAAAAUUUCUACCAAUGUUGAAGUUAGCAAUUGGGCAAUACUUAGUAGCCAACAGUGUAUACAAUAUUAUUAUUCUAUGAGUGGUAUUGAUAGGAGUCGAUUUUGUGCAAUUGAUAUAGAAGGUCCUACAGGAAAUCCUUGUUCUAUUGGUGAUACUGGCAACCCGGUGGUUUUAAAUGGACAAUUGGUAGGAAUUAAAUCAUGGAAGAUGAACUGUAAUUUACUGCCUCAAGCAGCAUCUCUCUUUACUAAUGUUGGAUAUUAUUACUCUUGGAUUAAGGGUAAAGUUGGAAGUGCUAUAACUAAAACGAUUGAUAUUUCUAUGAAAAAAUAAUCAUGUACUUAAUCAUUAUUGUAAUGUAGUACACUAGAAGCAUAGUGUAGAUAUAUGUGGAACGUAUAUAAAAAUAUUUUCAACUUCUCACUAUGAAGAUUGUAUAUUUUUUUAAAUAAUAAAAAAGUUAUUGUUUUCA